AUGGCUCUACGACGCUCUGUUCGGGCGGAUUCUGCAGGCACCAGGCGACUGCCGACGACAAGACGAGGCAAAGUUGAUGAUGCCGGUGGCAGACAGUCGGUACCGACUGCCUCGGAAACAGCAAAAGUCGGCAAGGGCGGCUGUACUAAAAGUCAAUUUGUGUUCUGUUCCGCUUCACAGAACGCUCAGUCGACUCUUGAUCCCAGCGCCAAACGCCUCGUCAUGCCUGCACAUCCUCUCGUGUCGGACCGUUUAAAGAGCCCAUCUCCCCCAACCCACCCCCACCCCCCCAGUGCAUGA